GAAUCUGCAGAGAAACAUCAACUUCCGGUUUUUCUGACAACCAAAAAAACAAACUAAACUUUGAAGAUUAUUUUCAACUUAAGCCCUGUUUUAUGUAGUAAUCCAUACAUGAUUGAUCAUGCUGGUGUGAAAAGAAUAAUGUUGAUCUUAAAAGCUUGCUAGUUCAUGCAGACAGGGAUUAUUUGUAUGUUUUGAACUGAAAUAUCUGCUGUACAAGGAUGGCAGGGGAAAUGACUCAACUAGCUAAGACCAAAAUUGGUCAAGCUAUAAAAGACAACAACUAUUUAGAAUUGAAAUGGUUGAUAGAAAACGGAGAAGACAUCCAUUUCAAGGAUAGGAAAGGCAAUACUUUCCUACACUAUGUAUGUAGUAUGUACAGACCUGAUUGUUUCCAUAUUUUAACAGCAACCAAACUGGACAUUAAUGCACAGAAUAAGUUUGGUUACACCCCAUUGCAUGUUACUACAUUUAAAAAGAACUGUUUACAUGUGUAUGAUGUCAUGGCAAAUGGUGCUGAUUUACAUCUCAAAGAUCAGUGGGGAAAGACAUCUUAUGACAUGGCUGCAGAAAAUGCUUACUGGAGACAGGCUUAUGAAAAAUAUAAGCCUGGCAUGUUUACAGCAGUUCAAGACCAUGAUGUAAAGAGAGUAAAGGAGUUAUUACAAUGUUGGUUUAAAGUUGAUAGUUACAAGAAUGGUCAAACAUUGCGACAGUUUGCAGCUGCACACAAGUUCCAUGAUAUUGUUCUUAUCUUAGACCAACAUAAAGCCACCAUGAAUGUUGUGUAUGGAGUAAAAGAAAGAAACUAUGAGAAAGUUAGAAUGGCCUUGAAGAAAUCAUGGUGUAAAGUUAACUUUCUCAACAUGUCCUUGAACAAGCCCCACAUUUUACAGCAUGCCCUAAAGAUGAAAGAUUUUGAGUUGGUGAAGAUGUUAUGUGAAGCUGGAGCAGACAUUAAUUUAAGAGUUCUUGUAAAUGAAUAUUUUUGGGGACCCUUGUAUUUUGAAGCAAUAAACAACCAUACACCUCAAAAUAUAAUGAUGACAGUUCUCAAAUCUGGUGCUAACUUCAGACUGAAAGACGAGAGAGGAAGAACCGGUAUUGUGUAUGCCUUGGAUAAGACCAAUGGAUGUCUUCCAUUAGAAAUCUUUAACUUCCUCUUGAAAAAUGGAUCUUACUUAGCUGAUAGAGAUAAUACUGGAGUAACUGUUCGAGAUGUUGCCUCAUUUGCCAGGAGGUCAGAUGUAAGGGAUCUUAUAGACAAGUUUUAUGUUAAAAUCAUCCGAGAUUCUGAUAUAGAGAAGCUGGAACAGUUGGCCUGUGAUGGGUAUGAUAAUAUGUUGCAUGAAUUCAAUUAUAGGGAUGCUUUUAUAUAUGCAGCGGGCAAUACAACUGAUGAAGCAGGCAAAUUUGUAACAUGGCUUCCAAAGUUUCUGUCACUUAUGAAAUCCCUCCAGCAGUCUGUGGAAGAAGAAGCAUGUGGAUUUAUACAGAGAUUGUUUGAGGACUGUGAUAGACCGAAACUAUUGGCUAACUGUAGAGAUAUGGGUUGGAGAACUCCUCUGAUGCUGGCUACACUUCAUGCUAGAGAUGACAUUGUCAGAUACAUACUGCUGACAGAAAUGUGUGAUAUCAACUUACAAGACUGUCAAGGAAGAACAGCACUGCAUUACUCGUACAUGUUAGAUGUAGACGGAAAGAAUAUUAGGAAAUAUUUACUACAUGCUGGAGUUGACACCAGUAUCAAAGAUAAUAAAAACAAACUGCCCAGUGAUUAUGAGGACAUUCCAAAUAAAGAUGAAUGGCUUGACAAAGAAAUAAAUGCUGAAUAUGGAAUGCCAAGGGAGAUCAUGUGCAUGAAAAAGUAUGAAGAGUUGAGGAGAAUAAUUAAAGGAAAGAAGAAAGGACUACAAGCAUUCUCUAAAGCUUUGAAGAACUGUAAAUAUCCAGUGGCUGAUUUCCCAAUAAUUUUAUCUCCCCUAGUACAGGACUACAGAGAUCUUAUAUUUCUGGCUGUUGAUUAUGGAAAACAAGACAUUGCAGAACGACUGGCUGAUCUUGAUGCAGAUUUAAAAAGAAAAGAAAAGUACAUAUUCAGAACUGAGGAACAGGAACAGAUUGAAAUCUACAUGACUGUGAUAGAAAGAGCUGCUAAUUUGAAUAUGACGGAACUUUUAUCUGUCUUACAAAAAAUUAAAGAGAAAAGACUAUUGAAGAGAGAAGCUAAAGUCCAGAAGGAAACUGCCACAAAAAUAGAAACAAACCCUAACACAAGGGCUCUUAUUUGGACAUGAAUCUUCACUGCCUUGCUAAGAUCACCAUGUUAUUGACACACAUUAUUUUUUCUAUAUUUUAGCAGACAUUGAGCUUAACUAAUGACAUAUUUAUCUUAGUCUAGUAGUGUGUUUUCAUCCAUAACUGAAAUCUUAUACAAAAUUCUAGUCCUCAAAAAUCUUGAAGUGUAUGCUGUUCUAUCAUGUGUUUACAUAGCUCCAGAUCUCAUUAGAAGGGUUGAUGUUUGAAACUAAUUUUCUUAAACUAAUGAAAUGCCUUUAUGGAAAUUUCUAUAUUCAAACUGCUUUCUCUUUACAAUAUUUGGACAGAAACAGCCCCAAAUUGCUCUAAAAUCAUUAAAUGUUGGGUUUUUUUAAACAAAAGUUUUUUCAUUUAAAGCUCGCUUAAGCAUUAGUUUAAACAUAUUUACUAUAGAAACAGUUGAGACCCAUGUUUUACAACCUAGUAAUUUCAUCUUUGGACACAUGCUAUGGGUCUGUCUUUUACAGACACAUGCAUUUACUUACUUAAUCCUCUUUGUGUGUACUUGCACAUGAGGCCACUACCAACGCCCUCCACUGUUGCCUGUCUUGUGCCUUUCCUUCGGCUUCUCCCCAUGUCAUUCCCAUGACUCUUAGUUCACUCUCUAUGCAUUUAGUCAGAUGUUAAAUUCUAACAUAUAAAUGAUGAUAAUUGUGAAAAUAUCACAUUUUAAUUAUAUUUGAAUCAAAUUGAGUAUCAGAGCUGGCUCAUUAAAAGUCAUUCCCCUUUUAAUUGUAAAUAGGUUGUGAACUUGAACGACCAACUUUUUCUGAAUUGUUCUCAACUGACUGAAAUACUUGAUAAAUCAUGUUUCAACACUAGGAUUCUGGAAACUAAACAAAACAUGUUUAAUAAAGAGGACUAUAAUUUUCUUCAAGAAAAAAAAAGAUAA